CGCGAGCCUCCCUCGCCCCCUCCGCGAAGCCGGGGCCGUGGACUGAGACGCGCGGGACAGCGGCGGCGGAGGCGGCCAAGAGAAGAUGCGGGGCUCGGGGCCCCCGGGUGCGGGACGCCGGAGGCCCCCGGGCGACGGCGACAUCCCCAGCACCCCUGCAUCUCUGGCCGGCUGCUACUCCGCACCUCGCAGGGCCCCCCUCUGGACUUGCCUCCUCCUGUGCGCCGCGCUCCGGACCCUCCUGGCCAGCCCCAGCAACGAAGUGAAUUUAUUGGAUUCACGUACUGUCAUGGGGGACUUGGGAUGGAUUGCUUUUCCAAAAAAUGGGUGGGAAGAGAUUGGCGAAGUUGAUGAAAAUUAUGCCCCUAUCCACACAUACCAAGUAUGCAAAGUUAUGGAACAGAAUCAGAAUAACUGGCUUUUGACCAGUUGGAUUUCCAACGAAGGUGCUUCCAGAAUCUUUAUAGAACUCAAGUUUACUCUGCGGGACUGCAACAGUCUUCCUGGAGGACUGGGAACCUGUAAAGAAACGUUUAACAUGUAUUACUUCGAAUCAGAUGAUGAGAACGGGAGAAACAUCAAGGAAAACCAGUACAUCAAAAUUGAUACUAUUGCGGCCGAUGAAAGCUUUACAGAGCUUGAUCUUGGUGACCGGGUUAUGAAACUGAAUACAGAGGUCAGAGAUGUAGGACCGCUAACCAAAAAGGGAUUUUAUCUUGCGUUUCAAGAUGUGGGUGCUUGCAUUGCUCUGGUGUCUGUGCGUGUGUACUAUAAAAAAUGCCCUUCGGUGGUAAGACACUUGGCUGUGUUCCCCGACACAAUCACUGGAGCUGAUUCUUCGCAAUUGCUUGAAGUGUCGGGCUCCUGUGUCAACCACUCUGUGACAGACGAACCACCCAAAAUGCACUGCAGUGCUGAAGGGGAGUGGCUGGUGCCCAUCGGGAAAUGCAUGUGCAAGGCAGGAUAUGAAGAGAAAAAUGGCACCUGUCAAGUGUGCAGACCUGGGUUCUUCAAAGCCUCACCUCACAGCCAGAGCUGCAGCAAAUGUCCACCUCACAGUUAUACCCAUGAGGAAGCUUCAACCUCUUGUGUCUGUGAAAAGGAUUAUUUCAGGAGGGAGUCUGAUCCACCCACAAUGGCAUGCACAAGACCCCCCUCACCUCCUCGGAAUGCCAUCUCAAAUGUUAAUGAAACUAGUGUCUUUCUGGAAUGGAUUCCUCCUGCUGACACUGGUGGAAGGAAAGAUGUAUCAUAUUAUAUUGCAUGCAAGAAGUGCAACUCCCAUGCAGGUGUGUGUGACGAGUGUGGAGGUCAUGUCAGGUACCUCCCCCGGCAAAUCGGCCUGAAAAACACCUCUGUCAUGAUGGUGGAUCUGCUCGCUCACACAAACUAUACCUUUGAGAUUGAGGCAGUGAAUGGAGUGUCCGACUUGAGUCCAGGAGCCCGGCAGUAUGUGUCUGUAAAUGUAACCACAAAUCAAGCAGCUCCCUCUCCAGUCACCAAUGUGAAAAAGGGGAAGAUUGCAAAAAACAGCAUCUCUUUGUCUUGGCAAGAGCCAGAUCGUCCAAAUGGAAUCAUCCUAGAGUACGAAAUCAAGUAUUUUGAAAAGGACCAAGAAACCAGCUAUACAAUUAUCAAAUCUAAAGAGACAACUGUGACUGCAGAGGGCUUAAAACCAGCUUCAGUAUAUGUCUUCCAAAUUCGAGCACGCACAGCAGCAGGCUACGGUGUCUUCAGUCGAAGAUUUGAGUUUGAAACCAUCCCAGUGUCAGUUGCAGCGUCCAGCGAUCAAAGCCAGAUUCCUAUAAUUGCUGUGUCCGUGACAGUGGGAGUCAUUUUGUUGGCAGUGGUUAUCGGCUUCCUCCUCAGUGGAAGUUGCUGCGAGUGUGGCUGUGGAAGGGCUUCUUCCCUGUGCGCUGUUGCCCAUCCAAGCCUAAUAUGGCGGUGUGGUUACAGCAAAGCAAAACAAGAUCCGGAAGAGGAAAAGAUGCAUUUUCAUAAUGGGCACAUUAAGCUGCCAGGAGUAAGAACUUAUAUUGAUCCACACACCUAUGAGGAUCCCAAUCAAGCUGUCCAUGAAUUCGCCAAGGAGAUAGAAGCUUCAUGUAUCACCAUUCAAAGAGUUAUUGGAGCAGGUGAAUUUGGUGAAGUUUGUAGUGGACGUUUGAAACUUCCAGGAAAAAGAGAAUUAUCUGUGGCAAUCAAAACCCUGAAAGUAGGCUACACAGAAAAGCAACGCCGAGAUUUCCUGGGUGAAGCAAGUAUCAUGGGGCAGUUUGAUCAUCCUAACAUCAUUCACUUAGAAGGUGUUGUGACCAAAAGCAAACCAGUGAUGAUAGUGACAGAGUACAUGGAAAACGGAUCCUUAGAUACAUUUUUAAAGAAAAACGACGGGCAGUUCACUGUGAUUCAGCUUGUUGGCAUGCUGAGAGGCAUCGCGGCAGGAAUGAAGUACCUUUCUGACAUGGGCUACGUGCAUAGAGACCUUGCUGCCAGAAACAUCUUAAUCAACAGUAACCUUGUGUGCAAAGUGUCUGACUUUGGACUUUCCAGGGUGUUAGAAGAUGAUCCUGAGGCAGCCUACACCACGAGGGGAGGCAAAAUUCCAAUCAGAUGGACUGCCCCAGAAGCUAUAGCUUUCCGAAAGUUUACCUCUGCCAGUGAUGUCUGGAGCUAUGGCAUCGUGAUGUGGGAGGUUGUGUCUUACGGGGAAAGACCCUACUGGGAGAUGACCAAUCAAGAUGUGAUUAAAGCAGUAGAGGAAGGCUACCGUCUGCCAAGCCCCAUGGACUGUCCUGCUGCUCUCUAUCAGUUAAUGCUGGAUUGCUGGCAGAAGGACCGAAAUAGCAGGCCCAAGUUUGAUGAGAUCGUCAACAUGUUGGAUAAGCUGAUACGUAACCCAAGUAGCUUGAAGACGCUGGUUAAUGCAUCAUGCAGGGUAUCUAAUUUAUUGGCAGAACAUAGCCCACUGGGAUCUGGGGCCUACAGAUCAGUAGGUGAAUGGCUAGAAGCAAUCAAAAUGGGCCGGUAUACAGAGAUUUUCAUGGAAAAUGGAUACAGUUCAAUGGACGCUGUGGCUCAGGUGACCUUGGAGGAUUUGAGACGGCUUGGAGUGACUCUUGUUGGUCACCAGAAGAAGAUCAUGAACAGCCUUCAAGAAAUGAAGGUGCAGCUGGUGAAUGGGAUGGUGCCAUUGUAA